AUGUUCCGUCCACUCUCGCUCUGGCAGAACAUCCCCUGCCCGGCCCUUGAAGCCCGUGGCAGCUGCACCGUGACCCACUGCCUCUUCUCACACGCCCGCCCACCCGCUCCCCCACCACCGCCGACACCCGCAGCCGCAUCACCGACAGCUCCACCACAACCCCCCCACUCUGCAGUCCCAGAAUACAAUGCCACCAGCACACCUCCACCCCCACCACCAGUGCUCUCUGGCGACCCCCGCCUCCGAAAGAUUAUCGAAUCCAACUCCAACUCCAACUCCAAUUCCAGCUCCAGCAGCGCCGACAGCGACGACAGACGCGAAUGCAAGCGACGCCGGGCCCUCGACGACACCACCCCACAACCGGGCUCUGACGCUGCCACCGCUGUAGAUAGCAGUCAGGCGCCAGCGGUGAAGCGCACAAAGACAAAGGUCGAGGCUGCGGGUUCUGCAGCUGUGGUGGGGGCGCCGAAGUCGAUACUCAAGAAGAGCCCGCCAGUUGCGUCGGCGGCGGCGGCGCUGAAGACUACGAACGGGGUGAAGGGCGCGACGGUGUCGUCAUCGUCGGUGGGGAAGUCGACGCCGACGCCGAUGGCUACGAAGGCAGCAGCGCCGGCAAAGACGGUGGCUCAGGGUCUACCUGCUAAGCACGGGACAGAGGCGGCGGUGGCAGCGAAGCCGUUAUCACUGAACCCGCGACUCGUGCCCUCGUCGCCGGCGACGCAUGCGGCGCGGUUACAUCUUUUGACACUGCUGCAUAAUGAGUAUGUGCGGCUGCAUGACGGGAAGGGAGAUGCGCAGGCGCUGCUCAAGCUUGCGCUGGACGAGGAGGAGAAAGUUGCGAGGGAGAUGCGAAGCAUAUACCCGCAGGCCAUGAAGAAGCGGAUAGUGAGGCUCAAGAACAGCUCCGUGGCAGAGUUCACGAAGCAGCAGGAGGAGAAGCAAAAACAGGCUGCACGCGAAGAGGAGGAGAAGAGGAGGGUCAAGACGGUGCAGGGGAAGAUUGUGGAUAAUGGGAUGAAUAAUAAUAAGCCGCCAUUGGAUACGGGCUUGACGCCGGCGGAGGAGCUGGAGGCGUUGGGUGCGCUUUUGCAGGCCCCGUUGAACCUGGCAAAGUACAAAUACAUCCUUGAGCCCCCGACGGCCGAGGAGGUCGAGGCUGCGGUCAGGGGGACCGAGGCCGCGGGGGGAUGGGAGGCCUGUGACCGCUGCAGUAGCAGGUUCCAGGUCUUUGACGGCAGGAGGGAAAGCGAUGGGCAAUUGGCCUCGGGGGGGAAGUGCACAUAUCACUGGGGCAGGGCCGCUUGGCCAUCACGGUCCAGUGGUAAUCGCGCGCCCAAAGACAACGAAAAAAUCUUCACCUGCUGCCGGCAGCGCGUCGGGCAGUCGGCGGGCUGCACCACCUGCGAGAACCAUGUCUACAAGAUCAGCGAAGCCAAGCGGCUGGCCUCCCUCUGGCAGUUCAUCAAGACCCCCGCCCCACCAGGCUCCCAGAGUCCCCAAAGUUCACCAAAGGGUAUAUCAAAGAAGCCGAUAGAGAAAGCCCUCUGCCUCGACUGCGAGAUGUGCUACACCACCCACGGCAUGGAACUCGUCCGCCUGACCGCCACCGCCUUCCCCUCGGGACACGUCGUCAUUGACGCCCUCGUGCGCCCCACCGGCGGCAUCCUCGACCUCAACUCCCGCUACUCUGGCGUCUUCCCGUCGCACCUCAUGGCCGCCACGCCGCACACGCGCCUGCCUUACCCGCCUCUACCCGCCUCCCACACCGCCUACAUCAACCCCACCGCACCCAUCCCCGAGCUCGAGGAGCCACUGCAGAUCCUGCCGUCGCCCGAGGCGGCGCGCGAGCUGCUGCUGAGCUACAUUGACGCGGACACGCCGCUCAUCGGUCACGCGCUCGAGAACGAUUUGGGCGUGCUACGGCUGUGCCAUGGUGCCAUUGUGGAUACGGCGGUGCUGUUCCCGCAUGCGAGGGGUUUGCCGAUGAGGAAUAAGUUGAAGUAUCUUGUGGAGAAGCAUUUGGAGAGGCGGAUACAGGUGGAGGAGGAGGAGGCGCGGGGACACGACUCGGCGGUGGAUGCGAGGUGCGCGGGUGAGCUGGUGAGGUGGAAGGUUAGGGAGGAGAAGAUUCUGGAGAAGGGGAGGAUGGGGACAGCGGUGGUGGGGAGGAAGGACGUGAAGAUGGAGGUGGAGGGGGGUAGUUAG